AUGUACGAUUCUAUCAUUCCGGGCGGAAAAUACUGUAUCGUCAACGUUGGCACUGGUUCAUACACAGGCGUUGGCCUUGUUCCACCUGUAAAUCCUCCGCCUCCUUCGCCUCUGAAGCCUAUCGGCCGCAUCUUCAGGGAAGCUUUUACUCUGGAGCCUAAGGAAGGGGAUAAAUAUAUAAUCGCACAUAAAACAUUUCGUAUGUUGGUUGGUCAUGAUGACGAAGGCAUCGUAAGGCUCAUCCCCCCGGGUGGAAAAGAGGUCCAAUGGAUUAUUGUCGAUGGCUAUGGUCCCGGCCGUUACCGUAUCAAAGCGGUCGAUAGCGACAAGUACUGGAGAAUGAGUCGUGAGGGCAAAUGGGGUUCCGUUAAACUUGAGGAAGAGAAUGGCGACUCGGACCAGGAAUGGAGGUUUGAGGAAGUUUAG